AUUUGAUCUUGAUGUUAGGGUGACUGCAAAUUUGACUUUUUAUGUAAACAUGAUUUCAUGGGCACUGCAUUUUAACAUUGUAAUGGGUGUUUUGAAACUUCACAGGUUCUUUCUUGUUUUUACAGAUGACACCACCAAUAUCAAUUGAAGACGUUCGUAGAGAGGUCAAAAUCCUCAAAGCUUUGUCCAACCAUAAUAAUCUUGUCAAAUUUUAUGAUGCAUGUGAGGAUGCACUUAACGUCUACGUAGUCAUGGAAUUAUGUGAAGGUGGAGAAUUAUUAGAAAGAAUUUUAUCCAGAGGUGGAAGGUACUCAGAGGAGGAUGCAAAAGCUAUAGUUAUUCAAAUACUGAGUGUAAUCGCCUUUUGUCAUCUUCAAGGUGUUGUGCAUCGUGAUUUAAAGCCAAAGAAUUUUCUUUUCACAACCAGAGAUGAAAAUGCUCAGAUGAAGUUGAUUGAUUUUGUCCUUUCCGAUUUUGUUAAACCAGGUGAGCAUUGUUUAGUGGCAUGGUCUAGUUGAUUGCUUUUUUGGUGAUGUUAAACAUGAAAAUGUUAUCCUAUUUUG